AGGAAUCACGAUGCAGGUGAGCGUGGGAAGCCUGGAAGAAGCUGGGGAGCGCGUGUCCUUCCAGCUGCAGAUCCGGAGCAAGAACAGCCAGAAUCCAAACAGCGACACGGUGCUGCUGGAUGUGCCGGUGCGGGCAGAGGCCCAGGUGGAGCUGCGAGGGAACUCCUUCCCGGCCUCCCUGGUGGUGGUGUCAGAGGAGGGUGACAGGGAGGAGGACGGCUCAGACAGCUGGGGCCCCAAGGUGGAGCACACCUAUGAGCUGCACAACAACGGCCCCGGGGCCGUGCGCAGCCUCCGCCUGGACAUCAGCCUCCCCGGCCAGUCCCAGCCCUCUGACCCGCUCUACCUCCUGGACGUGCAGCCACAGGGGGGGCUCCAGUGCGCCCCACAGCCCCUCCUCAACCCCCUCAAG